AUGGCCGACCUCCUCCGUCACCAUCGUCACCACGCCCCCGGGGCGGGAGAGAUCCCUGUCCCCCACGGCCCCUCCACCGGCGACGAGCACGAACACUACCCCAAAUCCGUCAGCAUGGACCAGCAACAUGCCAUCUUCUCGUACCUCACCCACCCGGACGACUGCUACACCCCCGAGGGGACGUACUGGGCCGACCUCCCACUCAAGGAGCGGGUCAAGUUUGUGAACAAUGUGCAGAACAAGGAGGCCUGGGAGGAAGUCAAGGCGAUAGGCAGGAUGAUGAAGGAAGAUCCGCUGAGCCCGGUGUCGUGGUACUGGACGAAUGCGGUGCUGCCUGGUGCCGGGCUGGGAUUGGAGGGUUAUGUGUUGUUCAGUAUUGGGAAUUUGGAGCCGCUGUUCAGAUCUACCUGGCCGCAGUGCUGGGGGAAGAACGCGACCGAGUGCAGCGCCAACUGGGUUGCUUCGGUGACGUAUUUGGAGGUUAUUGGUAUUAUGGUUGGCCAGAUGGCUGUGGGGGUUAUUGGAGAUUGGAUUGGCAGACGAUGGGGGUUGAUUCAGGAUGCUGCGAUCAUGUUUGUGGGUUUGCUGAUGAUCACGGCGAGUUGGGGCCUGGAUCUCAAUGGCUGGGUUAUCUGCUAUGCUUGGAGUUUGUUUUUCUAUGGUUUCGGUGUUGGUGGUGAAUAUCCUAUUACUGCUACUUCAUCGAUGGAAAACGCGGUUUCCGCCGGCAAGCUAUCUACGAGAGAGGACCGUCUUCACCGCGGACGCAAGGUCACCAUGGCCUUUUUGAUGCAAGGUUGGGGUCAGUUUUUCAACCAGGCUUUGCUGAUCAUUCUCCUCCUGAUUUUCCACCACGGCGACGGCAACCCGCCCUACGGCACAACGACCACCCAAUGGCUUUGGCGCGUGUCGUUUGCCAUCCCUGCUGUCGGUACGCUAUGGCUUGUGUACCACCGUGCCUACAAGAUGCCGCACGCGGGCCGCCAGCUCGCAGCUGUCAAGAAGAAGAGCAACGUCACAGGUUACGAUGUGGAUUCCCUCCGCCUUGCCUGUAACAUCUUUGGCGGUCGUUUGCUUGCCACGGCUGGCACAUGGUUCUGCAACGACGUCUUCUUCUACGGCAACAAGCUUUUCCAGGCUCAGUUUAUCGCUGUCUUGAGCGGGCCGACUGAGUCCGUCAUGACUGGAUGGAUUUGGAACUUGUACAACGUCAUUGUAUCGCUUGUUGGGUACUAUCUCGCCUCUAUCCUCAUCGACAACAAGUUCUAUGGCCGCAAGAUGAUGCAGCAGGUCGGUUUCUUGAUGUGCUUCAUCAUGUUCGUCGUCCCCGCCUUCAACUACGAAUAUUAUACCUCUCCGGCCGGUAUCAAGGCGUUUCAGGCCAUGUACUUCCUCUCGAGUUUCUUCAACCAAUUCGGUCCCAACAGCGUUACUUUCCUCGUGGCUGGCGAGGUCUUCCCUACGCCCAUCCGCGCCUCUGCCCACGGCUUCAGCGCUUGCAUCGGCAAGGCUGGUGCUUUGCUUGCUUCAGUUCUGUACAACUACAUUGACACUCAGACAAAGUUCUAUGUCGUCCCAUGGUUCGGUCUCGCGGGUAUGCUUCUUACCUCGCUUUUCCUUCCUGACACCACCGGCCUCGAUCUUAAGGAGCAAGAGCGUCGCUGGGCCUACAUCCGCGCCGGUCGCGACCAGGAUUACCAUGGCAUUGCCGUUCACCCCAAGCACUUGUCUCUCUGGGAGCGGUUGAGAGGUGUAGGCAAGAACUACAACCCUGAGCUGGACCGCAGGCAGAAGAUUGAGGACAUUCGUGAGGAGUGGGAGGGCAAGGAAAGAGCUCGUGCCCAGAAGGAGGCGGGUGGUGAUGCGACUGGGAUGGAUGAUUUGAGUGACGAUGAGUGGACAGAUGAGGUGCAUCAUUACUUCAGAAACACCCGGGAGCCAUCGGAGAAGGAGAGAGCUGCGGCUGUUACUGGCAAGGGUGGAGAGAUCACGAUGACACCGGCGAGCAUUUCGACGCCUUCGAGUGCGGCCAUGACCGAGAAGGGUGAUGAGGAGAAGCCUGGCUCUUCGUCUGCGUCGUCGGCGAGGUAG